AUCCCAUCGCUUGCCUUUAGGUGGCUGUUGCUGUCUCCAUUGAGCGGAGCCUCUCGCUCCUUGCUCGCCACGGCGCCUGCGCUCCCAGGAAAAGAAAUAAAUAACCCAAAGCGGCUGAGCGGAGCUUCUCUCCUGCGUCUGGAGCCUCGCAGAUCUUUUGUCUGAAGCCGAAAGAGCAGCGGCUGCUCUGCGGAUCCUCUCCCUGCCAGCGAGCCAGAAGGAGCCUUGGGUGGACUUUCCCCUUCCUUUCCCAAGAAGGACCACAAGAGGGAUUCAGCCGCCCUCUCGGAGGAUUCCAAAAAAGGGGGCAUCCCCGGCGCGCAUCUGGGCAGCUGUUUGUACAAACAAGCAACAACAAAAACUGGUUGGAGGAGGAGGAGGAGGGGGGCAGAGAGCGGGGGAAAACAGCAGCGCUUAAGGUGGACUUGGUCUUAAGGUGGAUUGCUUGGUCUUUUUUUAAGGUGGACUUUCUUUUAAGGUGGAUUUGACGUCAAGGUUGGAGCGACUCUGUUUCGGAUAUGCGCGUCUUGCAUCAGCCUGACUUUUAAGGUUGGGAUGGUUGGGGAUGGGUCGAUGUUUGUAACAAGGCGGUCCAACGACAGGACGAUCUCUUUAUAUUGUUAGGCUUAUUCACGAGGUUAUAAUUUGAGGUCUCGGCUAUUUUCUUUUAUUUUUUAAAAAAACAUUGUUAAAUUCUCCCAAUUUCCUGGCAAAAAAAUGAGGAAAACUUGGUAGCCGGGACUCGAACGCUUUCCUCUCCCGUCCCUUCGUAACAAUGAGUAAAUCCCGGCUUUUUUUCAGAAACAGACAGUCGAUGGCAGGAGAAGAGGUGGAAGUCCAGAGCCAAAAAUUUAGUUGCCGAGAGUUGGACAGGAGAGAAGUGUUACUUUUUCAAGUUUCUAGCUCCUCUUGAUUAUUCUUGAAAGAGGGCGGGGGUGUCUUUUCAAGAGUUGCUAUUAUUAGUGUGUGCGAUUUCCCCCCCCCCCCUUUAACAAAGAGGGAUUUGGGAGGCCUUCGAUUCCCCCCCCCUUUCCCCUCUUUUCAGCUAUAUAUAUUAUUGUUAUUAUUACCAAGCUCCAUCUUGCAUUCACGCUGGAGAGUCACCCGAAAAAAGGCAUGGAAACGAUUGGGAAAUUUGAGUUCAGCAGGAAAGAUUUGAUCGGGCAUGGGGCUUUUGCCGUCGUUUUCAAAGGGAGACACAAAGAGAAACCUGAAGUGGAGGUAGCAAUAAAAUGCAUUAACAAGAAAAACUUGGCAAAAUCCCAAACUCUCUUGGGGAAGGAAAUCAAAAUACUCAAGGAACUGAAGCAUGAAAAUAUUGUUGCCUUGUAUGAUUUCCAGGAAAUGGCCAACUCUGUGUACUUGGUUAUGGAGUACUGCAAUGGUGGUGACCUGGCAGAUUACUUGCACAGUAUGAGGACCCUUAGUGAAGAUACAAUCCGACUCUUUCUCCAGCAAAUUGCUGGUGCCAUGAAGGUGUUACAUAGUAAAGGGAUAAUCCACCGGGAUCUGAAACCUCAAAAUAUUCUUCUUUCUUUCGCGGGUGGCAAAAAAUCAAACCCCAAUAACAUUCGUAUAAAGAUCGCUGAUUUUGGAUUUGCACGCUAUCUGCAGAACAAUAUGAUGGCAGCGACACUCUGUGGCUCCCCGAUGUACAUGGCCCCAGAAGUCAUUAUGUCCCAACACUAUGAUGCCAAAGCUGACCUAUGGAGUAUUGGCACCAUCAUUUACCAGUGUCUGACAGGAAAAGCGCCCUUCCAGGCAAGCAGCCCUCAAGACCUUCGGCUCUUCUAUGAGAAAAACAAGAUGCUAAUGCCCAACAUCCCAAGGGAGACGUCAACCCACUUGAGGCAGCUGCUGUUAGGACUUUUGCAACGGAAUUACAAGGACCGCAUGGACUUUGAUGAAUUUUUCCACCACCCUUUCUUGGAUGCAAGUGCCUCUAUGAAAAAAUCUGCUUCGGUGCCAAUGCCUUCUUAUCCAAGCUCUGGCUCUGGGAGUUCGUCCAGCAGCUCUUCCACGUCCCAUUUAGCAUCUCCUCCUUCCCUCGGAGAGAUGCCGCAACUUCAGGAGAAGGCUUUAGCCUCUCCUACCCAGGGCUCUCCAGCCUUUCUUCAUGGGUCGAAGGAAUCGGCUGGCAGCAGCAGCAAGAAUUCCUCCUCUGACACAGAUGACUUCGUUAUGGUGCCAGCCCACUUUUCAAGUGAUAUUGCUGUGGAAGCUGCAGGAGGAAAACCCAUCCAGGACAGCCUGAUGUGUAGCGGGAGUUCCCUGGUAACUUCAGUGGGCUUGGAAAGCCAGGGAAGAACCCCAUCCCCUUCACCUCCACACAGCAGCUCUCCUAGCCCAUCAGGUAGGCCUGGCCACUUUUCAUCAAGCAGCAAAUAUGGACCGUCGGUGCCCAUCCCAGUCCCCACGCAGAUCCACAACUACUGGCGGAUUGAGCAGAACCUUCAGUCUCCUAAUCAAUACACUUCGCCACGGUCUGGAACAGUCAGAAGAUCGAGCAGCAGCAGCCCGCUUGGUUUCAUAAAGGCCAGCCCUUCUCCUCCUUUCGCUGGUGGAGAGCACGGAGCUGUUCCAACCUCCAGAAGAUUUUCCUUUGGUGGCGCUAAGCCUUACACACCAUCCCCACAAGUUGGAACAAUUCCAGAGCAGCCUGAUCAGACUGUUACUCCUUCUCCUCCCUUUGGAACAGAGAUGAGAAGCCGGGUGCCCAUUCCUGGUGCCUCAGUCCCUGACCCUUCCCCACGAGGGAUGGGCUCACGUCUCCACAGCGCUCCCAAUCUGUCAGAUUUGCAUUCCUGCCGGCGGAAGAUUACCAAGCAGUACUCUGAUCCUCUAGUCGCCCAUUUCAGCCACGCCACGGCUGGCCAGCCUGCACAGGCGCAGGUCCUGCAGCCUUGCCGCCCGCUGAGGUCUUCGCCAAAGUUUUCUGAAUUUAUGCAGAGGAGUCCCUUGCCAACUAUAAUGGGCUCCCCGACAAAGGCAAUGUCACCCUUUGAAUUCACUAAAACCCCAAGCUCCCAGAACCUGCUCGCCCUUCUGGCCCACCAGGGUGUCAUGAUAGCCCCAACGAGGAACAAGACUCUGCCAGACUUGAAGGAGAUGGGCCACUUCCACUGCCAGCAGGCAGGCCUAGGCUUGAGGCCUACGGAUGAAGUCAAGGGCAGGUCGCUUAGCACCGGCCGCCUCACUGAUCUACUUCUCAAAGCUGCUUUUGGGGAAGCCGGCAGCAAUGACAGCUUGAACAAUGAGAGGCCCAUGGAAAUCACAGCACCUUCUACUGUGUAUGGAGGAAACCUACACUCUGGGGCCAGGGAUGGUGGCUCUGCAAGCCCCUCCCCAGUGGUCUUUACUGUUGGAUCCCCUCCCAGUGGGAUGACACCACCCCAGACCACCAGGACCAGAAUGUUUUCAGUGGGGUCUUCUAGCUCCCUGAGUUCCGGAGGAUCUUUCAGUGGACGGCACUUAAUCAUGGGGGCUGCUGGGGAUUUGCUCGAAGCCCCGUCGGGUGUCAGGUACACUUUGGCUGAUCCCGUCACUGCCAACCUGGAAGGAGCAGUUACCUUUGAAGCACCUGAGCUACCAGAGGAGACGCUCAUGGAACAAGAGCACACGGACAUCCUUCGCAGCUUGCGGUUCACUCUGGCCUUUGUCCACUACGUUAUGGAGAUUGCAGCCAUCAAAGGGAGCGCCAGCGAGAUGAGUAGUUCGGUGGCUGCUGAGUACCAACUCCAGGAGAGUGUCGUGGCUGACCAGAUCAGCCUACUCAGCAAAGAAUGGAGCUAUGCAGAACAACUGGUGCUGUACCUGAAGGUAGCAGAGUUGCUGUCCUCCGGUCUGCAGAUGGCCAUAGACCAGAUCCGGGCAGGCAAGCUGUGCCUCUCCUCCACCGUCAAGCAAAUUGUGAGGAAGCUCAAUGACCUGUAUAAAUCCAGUGUGUCCUCUUGUCAUUGCCUGAACAUGAGGUUGCAAAGAUGGUUCUUGGAUAAGCAGAAGCUCAUGGAUCGCAUCAACAGCAUCACAGCUGAAAAGCUCAUCUUCAGCCACGCUGUGCACAUGGUUCAGGCAGCAGCGCUGGAUGAGAUGUUCCAUCACAGAGAGGAUUGUGCCCAACGAUACCACAAAGCGUUGCUGCUCAUGGAGGGACUCUUGAACAUCAUCACCGAGCAAGGUGACAUCGAGAACAUUAAUAAAUGUAAAAUGUGCAUUGAACGCAGGCUAUCGGCUCUCCUAUCCGGGAUCUGUGCGUGAUGAAAAAGCCUGUUGCCCUUAGCUCUGCAGGUUAUCACUUUCGGUCUCUAAACACAUGCUGCUGAGAUGGGUGAGCCCUAUUUGAGCGAGCCCCUUGGCGACAAUUUUUUUCAGAUGUGAUGUCCCUGUUUUGGCACGAUUCAAGGAGAACUUGCCCAACACAACACCCCCCAGCUUGGACAUCGGCUCUCUCCGCCUCUCUUUUUCAGGGACAGCAGCAAGAAUUGUUACGAUAUUUUUGUCUGAAUACAAAGUAGGGGGAAAGGUGGCGACAGAUACAGAAGGCUUGUUCCACCCACCCCACUCACCAUUUGGUGGAAGAGAGCUGGAGAAAUACAUUUUGAAAAGGAUCAAACGUCCUUCAUGCUUUGAUUGCAGAGGACAGAGCUGUCGCUGAGCUGGCCUUGUCCUGAGUGUUGGGGAUGCUCUAGCACCAUGGUCCACUGCUGGCAGUGGAUGCAUCAAACGCUUCUGCCAUGGAAUGAAGAAGUUUCUCCAGAAGGGGACACCGUUAUUUAGAAAGAAUGUCAAUUUUACAGUCUAGGCCAGUUAUGUCCUCACCCCCCAUCUGCUGAUAGCCAAUCACUUGGGAGCGUUCUAGGGCACUGCAAUUUGUCUGCUUUUAUGACGCUCUCCCUUCUUGCUGCAUGGGAAGAACAACAGCGAUCACAUGGCGGUGAAAGCCCCAAGCUCACCUUGCUUGAGAAACAUUGGCUCUUUAGUCUUCUACAGCAGUGCUGGAAAUCUUGAGUUCAGAGUACCUCACCUGCAUGACAGACAGAAGCAGGAGGGUCGGGUGGGAGGGAAGCCGUUCGUCAUUUACUGUUGGAUAUGGACAGAGCUAAAGAUAACUUUUUAUAUAGAUAGAGCUAUAUCUAAAUACAGACUGGAGCAACAAAACGUGACUCUAAACUAUAUUGCAUCGGUCUCAAAUAGCCAAAAUGUUUUUCGUCACCCAAAAGGGAGUUGUUAAGUAGAUGCAUGGUUAAACCCUUCUCCUCCCAUCAACACGUGUCCAGCUUGAGAAACCAUCUGUGCUGCUUUUGGCUAUUGGCCAGAUAAGUGAUCCAUCCUCCCAGAGGGACAGGAGACAAUAAAAGCAACACACACACACACACUCACUAGCUUUGUGAAUCAAAGGAGCACUUUACGGACAUUAUGAACUUGAACUAUGGACGCUUGGUAUCCUGCAGUGAUCCAAAACUGUCAUAACUUCUAGGAAUGCUGUUCUCCUGCCUUCCCCACCCACCUCCCAUUGGCUCAUACAUUGUUUGUUGUUUUUAAAAAAAUUGCACUACAAGUGUGUAUGUAUAUGUGUGUGUGUGUAUAUAUAUAUAUUAAUAUAUAUUACCAAGUUAGUAUAUAUUAAUAUGUAUACGAUAUAAUGUAUAGUGUAAUUGUGUUUUAUCUGUACUGUAUUUUAUGCUUGUGGGGAGAAAAAGAAAUGAACAAUCACGCAGUCUGUGUUCUCUUUAUGACAAGCAGUGAUAGGUUGAAAAUGUUCAGUACCAAUAAUAGUUUGCUUUACUUGUUUUUUUCUAAACGGAUGCGCCGUUCGAAGGUCCACACUUUCUGAAAACUCGAGGGAAAGAUCUUGAUGUUGUGUGUGUUUCAUUUUUUUCACCGUUUGUGUUUUUUAUAAAACGAACAACUUUUAUUAGCUCUUCCACUUUUUCAGAAUUCUCCCCAACCACCACCACAGCCCCCCAAUUUAAGGCAACUACAUAGCCAAAAAAGAGAAGGCAGCCUGUGUGUGUGUGUGUGUGUUUCUGUAUGGUUGUGUGUUUUCUGUGUAUUUGGGCUGAGGAUAUUGUGCCUGCAAGCAAAUGCCUGUCGGACAGACCUGUGGGAUGCCUUUUUGUGGUGAUGCCUCCUCCCCUCCCCUGUGCGCAUGUUUUUUAUAGAAUUGACCCAUUUUACAGCAGUAUUUUGUCUGUGCUAGGCUAGAAAGCAUCCUUGGCAAAUGAAACUAGGAUUUUCAUGUUUUGUUCCUUUUUGUUUUUAGAAGGCUGGGUCAAAUAUAUUUAUUUGCACAUGGUUGGUUUGCUUAUUACGUGUGUGUGUAUUUUUCCCCCCUUUAAAAAUAUGCAAGGAACAGCCUCAUUGACUUUUGAAACCAGUUUCAUAGCUCCUCGCAAUAGGUGUUGUCAGGGGGAUUCUUUAAAAAAAAAAAAAAAAACCCACCAUAUCUUCAUGUGCAUAGCCAGCACAUUUUGAUGGGAUCCAUGGCUUGCACCAGCUCUUCAUCAUCACCUCUCUAUAUUCUGCUUCUAUAGCAAUUCUGUCGUGCCUAGUGCAAAUAAAAGAUUCUCGGGCCUUUUGAACUGCUACCAUUUUCAUAAAGCACUGUCAGUCGUAGUUGUCGGCUUUGAGUCAGUGGGAAAUGCCGGCAUGGGUUUGCUGUAGCACAUUAUUAACUGAAGGGCUGCUACACUGGUAAGCUGUUUUGAUAUUUGGUUGCUGAAUUGGAUUGAUGGUCCGUUAUGAUGUUGCUCUCUGCCUUUGGUUUCUAUCGACAAGCUUUUCUGUAGCUUGACAAUUCACAUCUGCCCCAGAUGCACUAUACCAGCCUUUCCCAACCAGUGUGCCUCCAGAUGUUGUUGGACCACAACUCCCAUCAG